AUGAGAUGUUCUUAUAUGCAGGAUCCAACUAUGUUUCCAUGGGGCUUUGAGUCUACUUCAACAUCUGAUCCCAGUCCAGACAAUGAGAUGAGUGAGGAGCCAAUGUCCAACAGGAACUCAGGUAAAGACCUAGUUGCUGUAAUACUCUUCAUUGUGCGACACCAACUUACUGCCGCUGUGGGUGACCUAAUGGCUCUACUGAAUUUUCUGUGCCCUAAUCUGGUUGUUGCAUCCAAAUAUCUCUCUGAUAAGAUUCCCACCUUUUCGAGUGUGUUCUACUGCCAUGAGUGUCAAAAGUACAUGGGAGAACCUCCUGAUGGUUCUUCUUGUUUGCACUGUGGCACAAUGUUCAACAAAAAAAGCAGCUCUGAAAAUGGUCACUUCUUUUUGUUUGCAUCGCUCAAAGACCUUCUGAAAGAUGUCCUUAAGAAUUAUGGCACUGAGUUGUUACCUAAAACAGUCAAUCGUGGGAAUGACAUUAAAGAUGUGAUGGAUGGGAAAAUGUACCAGAACCUACUUAAACAAGGAACAUUGGCUGGAGACGACCUUACACUGGUAUGGAACUGUGACGGCGCGACUCCGAUCAUUGUGGUCCACCUGUAUGACAUCACACCUGGUACACUGUUCAGCGUAAUGCAUCCUAACAAUACGUCUAAGACGAUCUUUGAAAGAGUUGAAAGGACAGAAAAACCGAAAGCUUUCCUCUUAGAGGAUAUCAAGUGUAAAUGUCAGUUUGUGAGUGGUUGGCUUGUGCCUGUACCAAACACAUACGAGAGAUAUUGA